CGGGCGGCGGUCGAGGCGCCUUUUUGUCCGCCAUGGAGCGGAGCGGGGCGUCGCUGGCCCAGGAGCUGAGGCGCUGGGCGGCCGAGGAGAUGAAGCUGCCGCCGGGCAAGAUCCCCUCCGAGAGCGCCGCCCGCCGGAUGUGCUCAGGCCAGUGUGCUGAUAUCUGGAAGUAUGUCAUCCGCCAUGUUCGGCACCAGAGGAAUGUAAAGAAGAUACGGGGGAACUUGCUCUGGUAUCAGCAGAUGGAGGGGACGGAGGUAAGCAACAGAGCGGGCAAAUCCAGUGGUUCGGAUUCAGAGAAAGAACGCCGCAAGCAGCUGGUUCAAGGCAUCACCCGCCUGCGGGGAGAGCUAGAUCAGAUCGACUUGCAAAUCAAAGCAGCACAGCGCGAGCUUGCAGCUGACGAGGUCGCCUCGGAGGUAGCUCAGGAGAAGAUCCGCGAUGCCAAACACCGGACCUUGCUGCUGAAGGCAUACUCAGCCCGGGUCACAGCAGAACGCCAGCAGUUGCGGACCCAGGUCGUGCAGGUCAGGGGCCGUCUGGAGCAGCUGCAGGAGAUGGAGAGAAAGGCCAGGACAGCCGUGGCGUUUGGCAGUGGGAGAGCCCCCGAGGCUGGAUUCCCCAGUUUGGAACCCGAAGUUCUGCGAGAUGUCCGGGAAGCCUGCCGCCUGCGCUUUCAGUUCCUGAAGACCCUCUUUGAGCACAGCGUCUCUGGGAACUGCCCCAGCGGGAUGAGCGAAGAACAGCUGAGCAUGUCCUACCAGCACUGGCUGAGCAUUGUGGAGAGGGUUGCCGCUUCCCACCCGCCUGCCCACAUCCUCUCUGCCCUGAGGCACCUGGCCCUUCAGAACACACAGCAAUUGCAGGAACUCGCUGACGGCAUUGACAUCCCGCGUGACGUGGAAGCGCUCAAGUUCCGCUAUGCCAGUGCCCACCUGGAAGAUGUUUCGGAUGCAGCGGACGACCUGCCCUCCGUCCAGGGCCUCAUACAGGAAGGCUGGGGCGAGUGCGAAAUGCUCUGCGUUCAGCAGCUCCCCCUGCAGGCCAAGGAGAAGCAACUGUCAGCACAGCUGGAAGCCGUUGUCCAGGAGAUGCACCGACUGCUGUCCGACGGCUCGGAGCGCUCCAUCCUGGCCAGGGCUGUGUUUGAACUGGAGCUCCGGGCAGUGAAGUUGCGGGGCUAUAGAGACGGGCUGCUGAGCAGCUGCCGGCAACUGGAGGAAGCGGUGAGAACCCGUUACGAAGAGCUGCAGGGAUUGCAAGCCAAGCGUCAGCGCAUCCUAGACUUCCGCCACCUGGUGAACAAAAAGCAGGAACACAUCCGAACUCUCAUCAAAGGCACCUCAUACAUUAAAUCCCAGCUGCGUAAGGACCAGAAUGAGAUUAAGGACUUUAUAGAGAAGAAGCUGCUGCCUCAAGAGCGGCAGGUGGAGCUGGAGGCCCAAAAGCUGCACAAUAGGGUCGACCGGGAGGUGCAGCAGUUCAAGGGCGUGGCCCUGCUUUGCUUGCUGCACCGAGACCUUCCCGGGCAGCAACGCAUCCCCACCCACGAGCUCUCCAUCCAUCGCCUGAACCGGACUGCACCGGCCGAGUACCGGGCCUUUUUCAAUGUCUGCAAUGGUGCUGCCUUCCCCCUUUACAAGGCCCCCGAGCAGCUCCUCUCUCACGUGGCAGAGCUAAAGAAGGCACUCCUCUGCCUGCGUGCCCAACUGAGCUUGAAGCAGAAGGCAAUGGGAAGCCUGCAGCGACAAUUGGAUAACACACCGGAGCCCAGUGUGCAGGCCUUAAUGCAGGAGGUGCAGGCCAACGAUCAAGAGCAGGCCCGUGAGCUGCUGCCCCGGGUUCUCCAGGUGACGGAUCAGUGCAAGUGUCGCAUAGAACGCUGGCAAGAGAUGCAGGUCGCGGUUGAUGCCUGGUGGGAACAACCCGGACAGUUUGUACUCCCCGGUGAACAGCGCUUCGGCUUCACCCUGCAGCAGUGGCUGGCGCGGUGGACUGUGGCCGCUAAGAUGGUGCAACAGAAACAGCCACAACCACUUAGUUGGGUCUGAGACCUUUCUGGGAACCAGAGGAAAGCGAGCCCUCCCCCUCCCUAUCUGGAGUGGUUUGAAACGUAGUCCAAAUUUCUGAAGGGGGCAGUGUUGGCUGGACAGCUAAUAGAAAUAGUUUACCCCUAACCAAUCUAAAGGAGCUAACGUCUGCGAGGAGAGGAGGAUAUUUUCCCCCUUUUGCAGAAGAAAGUGUUAUAGGCAAGACUGGCCUGUCUUUCUCGUCUUCUGGAAUAAAACCGAAAUGCAUUAACCUUAA